CAAAUACAAAAAGUUUAAAUUUGCUAUUUAUAAUUAAUUUGAACAGUUAGUUCAGCAUAAAAAUGACUGAGGAGCAAAUAAGUGCAUUAUCAGUUGACGAGGAAGAAGAUGUAGUAGAUCCGUGGAAUGUAACUGGAAAGUCUGAGGCAGGAAUCGAUUAUGACAAAUUGAUAAAAAGAUUUGGCAGUCAAAAAAUUGAUGAUGAACUUAUAGCUAGGUUUGAAAAGGUUACAGGAAAGAAAGCCCACCACUUCUUGAGGCGUGGAAUAUUCUUCUCUCACAGAGAUCUUCACAAUAUACUGAAUGUACACGAGGCUGGGAAGAAGUUUUACCUGUAUACUGGACGAGGGCCCUCUUCAGACAGUAUGCACAUUGGCCACAUGAUACCUUUCAUGUUUACUAAAUGGCUGCAAGAAGUAUUUGAUGUUCCCCUAAUAAUUCAACUAACCGAUGAUGAGAAAAUUCUGUGGAGGGAUAUCAAAGUUGAAGAUGCUCGUAAAAUGGCUUACAAUAAUGCUAAGGACAUUAUAGCAGUUGGUUUUGAUACAGCCAAUACAUUUAUAUUCAAUGAUUUAGAUUUUAUUGGUCAAUGUCCAGAAUUUUAUCAAAACAUGCUACGGAUACAAAAAUGUGUUACAUUCAACCAAGUCAAGGGAAUAUUUGGGUUUGGCGACUCUGAUGUGAUCGGUAAAAUAACAUUCCCGUCUAUUGAAGCUGCUCCGGCAUUCUCCACAUCAUUCCCCUUUAUAUUCGACAACAAAGUUCUCCCAUGUCUAGUUCCAUGUGCGAUAGACCAGGACCCGUAUUUCCGCAUGACGCGCGACGUUGCCGCUCGGCUGAAGAUGCCGAAGCCCUCGCUGCUGCAUGCCUCCUUCCUGCCCGCGUUGCAGGGCGCACAGAAUAAGAUGUCCGCCAGCGACCCCAACGCAUCCAUAUUCCUCAACGACACGCCUAAGCAAAUCAAAAAUAAGAUAAACAAAUACGCGUUCUCCGGUGGACAAGCGACAGUCGAGGAGCAUAGACUGAAGGGUGGCAACACAGAUGUGGACAUAUCCUACAAAUACUUAACGUUCUUCUUGGAAGACGAUGACAAACUAGCAGAGAUCAAAAAGCAGUAUGAAUCAGGAGAGCUACUGACAGGUGAAUUGAAGAAGAUCGCAAUAGACACCAUCACGCCCAUCAUACAGGACUACCAGGCGCGCCGGGCGAAAGUCACUGAUGAACUUAUGAAGGAGUUCUUCAAACUGAGAAAAUUGAAUAUUUAGUGCUUAUCUAAUUAAAUGUAUUUAUACUGAUGUAUGUAUGCUCUCAUUAAAUUAAAAGGGUUAUACAGUUUAUUCCAAGUACAUACUUGUAGUAUGUGGAUGACUGUGUAUCACUUAUUAUAAACUUAAACCAAACGAUCUCUAUCAGAAAAUAACUGGAACAUAAUUUAAAGAAAUUGCAUUUGUAAUACUAAUAGGUCACAAACUUUUUAUUAAAUUGUACAAAAACAAUAAAAGUAUCAUGUAUUUAUUUUCAACAUAUUUUACAAAAAGUAUUUAUAAUGUAGAUGUAAUUUUUUUUCAAAUAAAUAUGCAUUUUUGAACUAUAAGGGGCUAUUUACAACAUCCUGAUAAGUGCUGGAUAGGAUAUUCACAACUCUUUUGAAAGAUAGGGCCUGUUCACCACUACCUGAUAAAUGCCGGAUAGGCUAUCUACAACUUAACUUGACAGAUAGAGUAUGGAGUAUCUGUCAAAUAA